AACAACACCACUUCAUCCAGCAUGUAGAGAGAAGUGUGGAGUGAGUGGCAGGCGAGCUUGAUUGUAUUAACUCUUCGCACCUAUGUUAUUUAGACUUUAUGUUGAACCGCACCAUGUCCACCGAUUAACCAAACAGAUUGCCACUGUACACACACUCUCACCAGGAUGUCUGAAGAACGCAGGGUCUGUAGCAGUGCCCCACAAGUUGAGUCAAAGCCUCUCUCUUCAUCCUCUUCAAUAAGGGAACUGGAAUCUAAAAACUUGCAUCUCAGAAGGAAGUUAAGCUCAGUGGAGGAAGAAAGUGUUUCUGUGAUGCAAGAAAACAGACAACUGAUCAUUGAAUUGGAAGCAGUGAAUCUCGAACUUGCCAGCUCCAAAACCAAAGUCCGGGUUCUGGGUUCCACCGUAGGGUCUAAGACUUCUAGUGUGUGUCAUAUGAAGGAGGAGAUUGAGGGUAUGAAGGCUGAGGUUGAGGCCCAAGGGAAUGCACUCAGAGAUACAGAAAAGCGGCUGGAGGAGACUGAAGAGACAUUGGUUAUUAAGAGCAGACUAGUGGACCAGCUACAAGAGGAGCUGAAGGCUGCUGGGGCUGAGUUAGAAAACAGGACUAAUCAGGGGAUAAGAGUUGAGCAACAGAGAAAGGAAGCUCUUGUUACUGCAGAGAGGCAGACAUUGGCUCUCCGGAGUUACAAGGGAAAUAUGUCUGAGAAACUGAAGAAGGUGUUGGACAACGAGGCCAGACUGAAGGAGGCUCUUAUCCAGUGUGAUAAAGAGAGAGUGGUGUGGGAGAGGAGGUGUCUUCAGCUAGAGCAGGACAAGACCGAAAUGAACCAGCUGAUCGGCCAGUUGAAGGAAGAGUCGGUCAGAGCCAAGGCGACGAGUGUAGAGAGCGCCACGUUGCGUUCUCGUCUGGAAGAGGCCUCUGUCCGGGCUGUGGAGCUGAAGAGAAGACUGAGUGACAGGGAGAUAGUUGAGAAAGACAUAGAGGUGUUGCGGAAGGAGUGUAGGGACCUACGCCACCUCACUGCCAGCCAGGAGCAGAGACUGGAGCACUGUCAGAGAGAAGCACAGCAGAGCCAGGCUGAACAGGCCAGCCUAGAGGCCAUCCUCAGCCUGCUGCAUCUUAGAGAGAGUGGAGGGGGAUCACUCUGUGCUAAGCCUUGUCUGCCAGCUCCAUUCUGUGAUGUCCCCAAACUCAAGCCAGGGGAGCAGUACCAGCAGCUGCUGCCUGUGUUGCAUGCUGUGGAGCAGGAGAGAGUCAGGCAGGCAGCUCUAGCCCUGGACCUGCAGGAGAGACUAAGGCAGGCCCAGGUGGAGCUGACUGCCCUACAGAACAACAUGAACCAGAGAGACCUCCAGCUACAGAAACUGCACACAGAGCUGCAGGAGAGGACAGUAGAAAUUAACCAGCUGGAGAGAGAGGCGGCUCUCGUCCUGGGCCUGCAGGAGAGACUAAGGCAGGCACAGGAGGAGAUGACUACCCUACAGAACAACAUGAACCAGAGAGACCUCCAGCUUCAGAAACUACACACAGAGCUGCAGGAGAGGACAGUACAAAUUAACCAGCUGGAGAGAGAGUUAAGGAGGAAGAACGUCUGCCUGGCAACUACAGUGCAACAGUUAGAGAAGAAAGAUGCAGGACUUUCACAGGCUGUAGAGAAGACCACUGAGUUGGAGCAGAACCUGCUGGAGAAGAGCAGCAGUAUCCAGCACUUUAAAACCACUCUGGACUUGAAGAAGAGGGAUUUCCAGCAGGAGUUGGAGGAGACUCAGAGAGUUGGCUCAGAGCAACGUAAGAAGCUACAGGAUCAAAUCAAAAUGUUGCACUCUCAGAAAGCAGAGCUGGAGAACGACUUGUCUUCAGCCCAGCAUGAGAGACAGGAGGCCCUGCACAGAGCAGAGAGACUUCAGACCUCCCUCAACCAGCUCGCGCAUGAUACAGAGACGAGAGCCAAUCAAGACCAGGAGGCCUUGAGAGCUCUCAGAGUGCAGGCAACAGAGUAUACUACCAAGGUGAGGUUUUUGGAGACAGCCCUGACAACAUGCCAGGAGGAGUUGAGCGACUGUAUGCUACAGAUAAAGGGAGUGAAGGGACGCUACGAGAGAGAGCUGGAGACAAAAGCUAAAGAAGUGGAGGCUCUGCAGGCGGAGAUGAGGGGUAGCUCCCUGGUGUGUCAGAGCUCCAGUGAGCAGAACUUGCAGCUGCAGCACACCGUCCAGAGACAGCAGACCAUGCUGCAGGAGAGCACCUCCCGUGUGGCGGAGCUAGAGGACAGACAGGCGCUGUUACUGGAGCAGGUGGGCCGCUUGGAGAAGGACCUGGAGAAAGAGAAGGUGUUAGCCUUCAAAGAGCUGAAGAGGAGAGACCAGAGAGCCCAGGAGGCCAUAGAGGGACUGCAGGAGGCUAGUCAGCAGGCGGCGAGACAUGAGAGAGAAGCCCUGCAACUCUCCAACUCUGUCACGCAGUUGUCAGAGGACAUGAAUAAGGUUCAGGGAGAGCUGAGUGAGCGAGAGCAGCAGAUGCUGCUUAUACGGAGAGACAGCGACACCAAGGCCUUACAGCUCUCUAAGAUGGAGAAGAUGCUAGCUGAGACCAGAGGAAAGCUGGACAAGAAGACAGAGUCUGUCCAGGAUCUGGAGGAGAAGGUGCGUUUCACCAGGAAGGACAGGAGGAACUCCCUGCACCGCACCCAGCUGCUGGAGAGCCAGAUGAAGACUGUGAAGGGAGAGCUGGUGGACACACUGGACCACCUGCAGGAGCUACGAGACCGGUUGGAACGCUCACAGGCCAACUCAGAGCAGCGCAAAGUUGACAUGGAGAAACUGCAAGCAGGGAUGAGGAAGCCUUAGUCCAGGGCCAGCAGCUGUUUCUGUGCAGGGAGAAGCUCCAGAGGACAUCUCACAACCAGGAGAUGCAUAGUCGCUGUGAGAGCCUGGCAAUACAGCUAAAAGAAAGUGUUCAGUUAUGCCGUGAAAAGGAGAACCAUGCCAGGCAAAUGGAGGAGGAGCAGGGGAGGAUGGAGGAGCAAGCUGCCCAGACUGAGGCCAGACUCCAGGCUACAGUGGCCUCCCUCAGACUGGAACUCGACACACUGAGAUGGCUGCAACAGAAUGAGCUGUCAGCUCUACAGGAGAGCCAGGCGGAGGUGCUGAAGGCGUCAGAGUGUGUCUCCGCCACCCUACGCUGCUCCCAGGAUCAGCUGACCUCUGAACUACAGCAUUGCAGACUGCAGCUGGAGGAGGCCCAGCACAACACCACCGCCCUGUUGGCAGAACUCAACACCAGAGAACAGCUGCUGCAGAGGACCAGCGAGACCCUGCUCAUCAAGGAAUCCGAAAUGACACGUCUAAGGACCAAGAUCUCCAGCUUUGAGAGAAGCAAGGAGCUCCAUAAAAUAGCUGUUUGCUCUUGUAUCAGGUCACAACCCUACAGCCACCUCCCUACUCCCACCACAAAGUAAGAGAGGAGACCGAUAAAGAAUACCUUUGUUGACAAAUAUACAUUUUAUUUUGAAUAUGAAAGUACUUUCGGACAAAUUAAAUGCUUUUGUUUUUAUUGUAUUGUCUAGUAGCAUGCACAAAUGCUUGGUGGAUGCACUUUUGAUUGCGCAUAUGACUAUUUGUAUUUUGUUGUUUACUAUUACAGUAACAUUCAGCAGGUCUAAACACCAAUUCUAAUUAUUGACAACAUAUGCUAAACCACUGUGAAACGUGGCAGUGUUACAGCAGUGUUACGCCCUUAUUUGUCUGUUCCAAGUGAUCUGUGCCAUUAGUAUUGCUGCACGGAGAAGAGCUGCUCUCUGCAGGAAAUUAAACGGAGCAGCAUCUGCAGGCGAUUUGAUCCUAAUGCUACCUCCAAAUCGCUUCCCUUGCUCAUCCUAGGAGUGGCUAUGUAGGAUUCCUUAUGAUCCUAGGAGAUAUGGAGCAAAGCAAUCUGGCUGUGUCACAAAUGGCACCCUAUCCCCUACAUAGUGCACUACUUUUGACCAGAGCCCUAUGGGACCAGAUCAAAAGUAAUGCACUAUAGGGUUCCAUUUGAGAAGCAUUCGUUGUCUCUGCCAGGUUUACGUUAAAGGUGAGCCAUUCAAAAAUCAUGUAAUUGCACAGAGUGAGUCCAUGCAACUUAUUAUGUGACUUGUUAAGCAAAUGUUUACUGGUUAACUUAUUUAGGCUUGCCAUAACAAAGGGUUUGAAUACUUCUUAUUGACUCAAGACAUUUCAGCUCUUCAUUUUUUAUUAAUUUGUUAACAUUUCCAAAAAACAAAAUCCACUUUGACAUUAUGGGUUAUUGUGUGUAGAUCAGUCACACACAUGUUCAAUUUAAUACAUUUUAAAUUCAAGCUGUAACACAACAAAUUGUGGGAAAAGUCAAGGGGUGUGAAUACUUAAUGAAGGCACUGUGUAUCCUCAAUCUCUCUUCAAUUUGAUUGUCUUUUAGGACAAGAGCAGACACAAAAUAUUCACAGAUUGUGUCUGGAUAUGUUUGUCGGUGUGUUUUUAUUUACGUGUGUGUGUGUUUGUAACAGCAUGCCUGAAAGUGUGUGUGCACGUGCCUGCGAGUGUGUGUGUGUGUGUGUGUGUGUGUGUGUGUGUGUGUGUGUGUGUGUGUGUGUGUGUGUGU